AUGGCUCUGUCCCUGGCCGGCGAGUCGGUCCCCGGAGACGGCGGGGACUCGCUCGGGAUGAGCCCCGCCGGCCUCCCCUCCUACUACCCCUCUUUCCUCCCUCCCGCCCCUUACUUCGACACAGCCCCCGACUUCUACCAGCCCCUGAAACCCCUGGGCGGGCUGGUUUCCUCCGAGCCGCCUCUGCCUCCCUUCACCUUCAGCAGGGUCCCCGCUUUCCUGAGCCAGCCGCCCGCGCCGGGGGCCCCGCGGUCGCUGUCGCCGUGCCCGAGCCCCCCGCGCAGGGCUGCCCGCAGCCCGGGGGCGGACGGGGCGGCGGGGCACGGCCACAGGUACCGCUUCACCGAGGAGGAGCUCCACGCCGUGCUCUACGGGACACUCCGGAGCAGCCAGGCCACCGGCAGCCUGCACGCCAUCUCGGGGCUCCGGGUGUCCCCCGCCAGCUCGGCCCACACCUGGAAAAAGCCGGGGGAUGGUUCGGGCUGCGGCCUUGGUCCGGGAGGUAGGAGCCGCUCCUGCCGUGCUGAAGAAGGGGUUCCUCUCCGCAGGCCCUGCGGACUCGGCCGCGCCGCUGCUGGACCGGGACUCGCUGCAGCUGCCCGCAGGUAGGGCCCGGGCCGGACCGGACCGAGCCGGCCGCGCUGCCCGCCCCGCCCGCUCAGCCCGCUGUCACCCGCAGGGCUCUCGGUGCUCCGGGUGGCCUACGGGGACGUGUCCCAGCUCGGAGUCUUCUGUACGGACCCCAUCCCGAAAGGAGUCCGCUUCGGCCCCUUCCAAGGCAAAGUGGUCAACACGAGCGAGAUCAAGACUUACGACGACAACUCGCUGAUGUGGGAGAUAUUUGAAUACGGUGGCCUGAGCCACUUUAUAGACGGGAAGGGCGCCGCUGGCAACUGGAUGUCCCUGGUGAACUGUGCCAGGUUCCCCGAGGAGCAGAAUUUGACGGCUAUCCAGUGCCAGGGACAAAUCUUCUACGAGACCUGCAAGGAAAUCUUCCCGAAGCAGGAGCUGCUGGUGUGGUACGGCGAUUGCUACGUGCAGUUUCUGGGCAUCCCCAUCAGCUUGAAGGGCAUGGCAGAGGGGAAGAAACCCCCGGAGCACCCCGAAGAAGCCGGGGAGAGCUUCAAGUGUGAGCGCUGCGGCAAAGUUUUUGCCUACAAGUACUACCGGGACAAACACCUCAAGUACACCCGCUGCGUGGACCAGGGGGACCGCAAAUUUCCUUGUCACCUUUGUGACCGAUCCUUUGAGAAAAGAGACAGGCUGAGGAUCCAUAUUCUCCACGUUCACGAGAAGCACAGACCUCACAAGUGCUCUGUGUGUGGGAAGAGCUUUUCUCAGUCCUCCAGCCUGAACAAACACAUGAGGGUUCACUCUGGGGAGCGCCCCUACAAAUGUGUCUACUGCAACAAGGCGUUCACGGCGUCCAGCAUCCUGCGCACGCACAUCCGGCAGCACUCGGGGGAGAAGCCCUUCAAGUGCCGGCACUGCGGCAAGGCCUUCGCCUCGCACGCGGCGCACGACAGCCACGUGCGGCGCACGCACGGCAAGGACGGCGGCUGCGCCUGCUCCCGGUGCGGCCAGCGCUUCCCCGCGCCCGAGGACUGCGGCUGCCACCUCAAGAGCCACGCUGCCCGCUAG